CAGUAUUAUGUCGUCGAAACAAACAAGCCUCAAAUGUGCUCACAGCAGGCAGCACUGGAGGCGGGGGAUCACAGAACAGGGCCAAUGCUCCUCGAAGCGAUCGUCGCAAGCAUUGGGUAUCGGGACUGGAGCUCACACUACGCCAGUCUCGCGCUGGACAACCGUUUGGGGUGGAUAAUUGGACUGGCUCUGGCCAACCCACCGGCUCGCUCGGUGCAAUUUAGCGUUGGCCGCACUGGGCGGCAAGCCCCAGCCCAUCAUGGUUGGGCAGCCUGCGUCUGUGCGUCCCCACAGACUGCAGGCAGACGCGGGAGCAUCACCUACCCAACCCAACGUCUGCAGCAGCAUGGAAGGAGCCAGGGAGAAGCCAGGAAGAGCGCCAGAACACCUCUCAAGCACGCCGACGAGGGGGGAAAGUCACCUGGCCCGACGGCGCAGCUGCGCGCGGCACCAUGCACUCCCAUCAACUAG